GAACGGACGUCUCCGUGGCGCUUUGUCCGGGAGGUGUCUGCUGGGAAGAAACAGCCGGAGGCGCGCCACUUUCCCUUUUGGAGGAGGGGGGAGAAAGCCCAGGCGUUUCUCUUCCGACACCGAAGAGCUUCAGAAGGGUCCAAAGGGAAGCCCGGAGAGCGCCCGCCAACAUGGAGGUGCAGAAAGAAGCGCAGCGUAUUAUGACGAUGUCGGUGUGGAAGAUGUAUCACUCGCGCAUGCAGCGCGGCGGCCUCCGACUCCACCGCAGCCUGCAGCUCUCCCUCGUGAUGAGGAACGCCCGCGACCUCUACCUCUCCGCCAAGCUGGAGGAAGAGGACGAGAUGGGCGGAGGAAGCGUGGAAAAUUUUCCUGGCCGGCAGCCGCAUGUAGACCUACAAGGGACGGCGCCCAGCCCGCAGCAUCUGGAGGGUCCUCCGGCAAUCCUCUUUCCCUCGGCCCAACAGGAGGCGCCUCCACCCACGCCACAGCCCUGCGGCAGCCUGGAUCCGGAACCUAUGGAAACCCAGGAGGAGCCCGGCAGCAGCUUGCCCGCGCAUUCCUUGACCCAGACGGCUUGGAGCCGGGGCGCUUCGGGGCCUCUGCUCGUCAGCAGGAAGCCGAGCCGCAAGCGCCGCAGCAGCAGCCUCGGCAAGAUUGGCGCCGCCGAAGCCGGCCUGGUGCCUAGCAAGAAGGCGAAGUUGGCGGAGGAGGAAGGCGAGCGGCAGCCCCAGAGACAAGAAGGGCCCUUUCCGAGUUUAGCCCGAAUCCUGCAGGACCGGUUCUCGAGCUUGAUCCUCCAGCCUCCGCCGGCCAAAGGCGCCGAGGAGCCCAAAGCGAACUGCAGACAAGGCGACGGCGUGCUGAGCAUAAUGGUGAGGGCCGUGGUAGCCUUUUAAAGCGCCCCCGCCGGGGACUCGUAGCUGAAAACUUCUCCCGGCGGAGAAGCGGAGCCUGCGGAAGCCCCUCUCUGGGCAGAGGAGCUCAGUACCGCCUGUCUCCUCGGUGGCGGGACUUUGGCGGUUAGGACGGCGGGAGGCUAAUGGUGGCGCGGGGAGCCCGAGUGAGGCCUUUCCGCCCCCCAGCCCUCCCUCCCCCUGCGAGUUUAGGCGAGAGACGCUCUGGUGACUCGGGAAGAAGGCGAGACAAAAGGCCGAGCGACGGCUGGCCGCGCGGAGGGCGCUCCCUGGAACUGGGGCGCGAUGGCUGAGCGCCGAAAGAGGAACUGGUCACGCCGGCGCGAACGUCGCUGUUCCUGGAAGAGGCUGAGAACUUGGGGUGUAGGGGUGGGUGGGGAAUGAAGUCGAUUCCGAGA